GCUAGACAGAUUGGCGUUUGGUCGCAAUAUGUUGAUUCUGAACAAUAGAGACCUUUAAAAAGAAUGAUAAAGCUACACAACUUUGUUGAAAAACACACCAAAAUUUGAUGUUGUUUGGUUCCAAAGUUAUCAUUAAAAAGAUUUUUUGGGUAAAAAAAAAUGAACAUCGAAAAAAUAUGUUUCUUUUUAAUUUCAACAAUAGCUACAGUUAUAAAUGCAGUUUCGUUGUAUUUUAUUUACAAAAAAUACAAAAAAUACAAAAGCAACUACGUCAUAUUGUGUAUUAAUUUAUCUUUUAGUGACUUAUUUCGUAGCGUAGCAGGGUAUAUACCAUCACUGUUAAUUGAAGAACAUAUAAAUACUGCUACAAUGUUGUGUAAGUUAUCUGCUUUUUUUAUCGCUUUUACAUCGUAUACAACAAUUGCAAUGAUAACAACAAUCGCUCUUUCAAGAAUGGUGCUAUUAAGUACAUACGUUCUUUGUAAUAAAAUUAAUUACAAAACACUUUUCAUAAAAAUUGGAGUAUUAUCGUGGAUAUAUGGAUUUACUUGGGCUAUUAUGCCUUUUAUAGGAUUUUCCUCGUACACUCUUGAAGAUACGUGUUCUCGAUGUUCGAUUAAUUUUUCUCCUAAAACUAGAAUGGAAAAAGUUUUUUUAAUUUUAUUAAUAGUCUUUGGAUUUUUUAUUCCCGCCAUAAUAAUAUUAGUUUCAUGUUUAUACACGGCUUAUGUAAUGCGCACAAAAUAUAAGUAUUUUAAUGCAACUUACGGUAAGGAAAAUAUUGAAACAAAACGGUAUAAAGAAAAGGAAAAUAAAGCAUUUAUAUCAUUUAUACUAAUGGUAUUAUCUUUUGUAGUGUGUUGGACACCAUACGCUUUAAUUGGAUUCUUUUCAGCUUUUACUUCAAUUAAAAUUUUUAAAUGGCUUUUUCACUUAGCUGCAUUGUUUGGAAAAUUUUCUGCUUUUAUCAACCCAGUUAUUUAUUACUGGAAAGAUGGCUUAUUUAACAAAUCGUUCAUAUGCAAAAAAUCACGUUUAUUGCAGUUAUUAACACGGAGGACCGAAUACAAUUAAACAAUAAUUUAAUGUUUGCUAUAAAAACAAUUUCGUUUUAUAAAAACACUUUUUAACGAUAAAUAAACUUUUCAAAAAAUAUCGGCUAAUAUUUAAUUCAUUUAUUCAAGCUAAAUAGUUUUUUUAAAGUUUAAUUAACAUUAAAAACAACAUAUUAAGAUGUAAUAUGAACAUUAGAUGUUUUACGAUAUAUCGGCGCAGAAGUUGGAAAAACAGAGCAAUUCUCUUCUUUCCUGUUUUUUAUUUAACUUUUUACAUACACUCUCCUUCCCCAAACAUCUCCCUUAUUCCUCAUGUAAAUCAUCCAUCC